AUGUCUACCUCGAGUGCUUAUGUCGAGUGUUGGGCCGAACAGACACCUGGUUACCGCGACAACUGGCCCUACGUCUGUCGACUGUUGUCCUCUUUGCAAGGCUGUCUCUCGGCUUCGCCCCUGCCUCCACGGCGUUUGCUCAAGUUGGCCAAAGUGGGCGCCAGAAAAACCGCUUCCCCCGUCCCAUGUGCGUUCGGGCAUGUGCUCACGCACAACUUGUUGGUGUGGGUGGUAGUCGUCGUGGGGCGGUUUGGUGAAGGAGUGAACCGGCGGAAACAGUCGUCCUGGAAGACGCGUUACCGAGUGGGGCGCAUGGGAAAUUUAUCUCAAAAGCGGUAUCCAGGUCUCUGUGGCAAGUUGGGCAUUUGGUGUGUUGCUCCUCAAGACCGAGCCAUUGCGACCCUCAUUCCUACUCCCCUCGGCUGCACCCCUCGACCCGGUACAGCGGGACAGGAUGGCGUCGUUGUACCGUCUGAGUCCGACAAGUCUGAGAAAGAAAUGAUUUACGCCCAAAUUGCUGGUUCCUAUUUCGAGCGCUCGGACGGAAUGGCGGCCAAUUGUGCAAUAAAAAAUCGCGGCAGACGGUCUCUCGACUGGGGCAAAUCGGCGUCAAAACAAUCUGCGGGUUCUCUGCCUGCCCCCUGGGCUGGUUGGAAACACUGUCAGUUGGGACAGUUGGGCUCGUCUGGGCGGUACGCAGCUCCUGCACCCUCGAGACUCGGCUUCUUCGCGUGGAGCAGGACUUUUGAGUUGGUCUCGGCGCUCAACUUCUAA